AUGGUUUGGCCAUUCAACAGCAACAAUAAUCAAAUUAGGUCUGAAUCUUCGGGCAAACUGCUCGAUAGUCGGCAGAAUUCAUCUGCCAUUGAUGAAACUGUGAUGCCGCCACAUCCCAGCAACAUCAAACCUCAGGCACAGCAACAGCAGGAAGAAGAGGAGAGCGAUGAGUUUAUUGGCAAGUACAAAUAUGCACCACAGAGACGAGACGAAGAGAUUCCAAUGGAUCUAGGCGACCUUCAAGACAUAUUCAGCUUUAGCUUUAUGAAGGGAAGACCUAUACUCAACUUCUUUUUAGCCAUCUUGUGGAGUGUUGGUUUGCCGAUAUUGAUUUACAACAUUUUGAAACCUCAUAUUGGCCAAGUUUUAGCCAUGAUCGUAGCAUCCGCACCGCCAUUAGCCAUUGUCGUCAUUCGCAUGUUGAAGGAUCGUACGUUUGACCCUCUUGGAUGUGUGGCUGGUGUCAGUUUUCUUGUAUCCGGCAUUUUGUCUAUUGCCGAACCAGAUGAGAAAACCGGCGCCAUUUGCGAAGGCAUUGUGCCAUUGCUCGUUGGUAUCUGUUGUGUUAUUUCAGUCAUCCCCAUCAAAAUUGGCUCGUUCGAGCUCAAGCCACUAGUGUUUCAAAUGGCUAAUCAAGUUAUGCCAAGACCUGAAGACGAGGAUUUGCAGAAAAACGAUGAUCAGCGCCUUACGUCCACCACGAAGCAUGCUUCAGGACGAAAAAGACUGGACUAUCUCUACGACAACAUGGCUAAAUUUCGUCAUGAUAUGCGCUUUAUGACGGUAACCUGGGGACUCUUGCUGAUCGCCGCCUUUGUCGUCAAGCUGAUUGUUGUGUUGACAAGCACAGAUAUUGGCCAUGCUCAGAUGGUGGGAUACAUUUUGUUUGGUUUAGCAACAUUUUUCAUGAUGAUAUUCACUUGGAUUUACACCAAAAUUGUCAAGGGCCAUGUCCUAUCGCAAAUUGCAUUUUGGAGGGACGAACAGGAGCCCACACCGAUGGAUUCAAGCACGGAAGCUGUUCAAAACGUGAAUUGGGGUGUAAAUACAAUGUCAAAUGCCUUUUCGCAAGUCGCUGGUUGA